AUGAGUAAAUAUUUUAUAAUAAUUUAUAUUUUGUACAUUCACAUAAUUGAAAUAUAUCCAAGAAGGCCUGAAAGAUCUGUCCUUGACGAAGAUCCAUGCUUAGAUGCUCAACAGGUUUCAGACUUGAACAGCGUUCUGUUUUCUAAAAAAUAUUCUCAUCUAAAACGACCAUGGAUGAGAGAAGACUUCAAGCCGAAGAUAUUUUAUUCCAAAGGAAUUGACUACCAGUGGUCCUGGGUUAAAAGCUUACCGGUUCGAGGGUUAAAUCCUACUAAUACAAUUGAAGAUGUAAUCCGUUGGAUGGAUUCUCUCAAUUGUUCCUUUUUGGCAGUUGGGGAGGCUGUCUGGAGGACAGUGCAGAGAGGACGACCCGUCAGUGUCUCUGCUGAGACAAGCUGCUCUCUCCAAAAAUUGUAUUCGGCUUGUCUUGACAAGUUCCAAGCCUCAUCUUGUGGACUCUAUCCCUUGCCAAGUACAAAGAGUGUCGUCUACCGCUUAGAAAUUGGUGACGCCACAGCCAACAGUUCCAUUGAUGUCGUCCGAGCAGAGCCUUUGAAAUUAUUCGAUUGGGGCUCCAUACUUGGGCAAUCGCCAGAACAUUUGAGUUACAGCGUGGAAUCCAUGGCAAUACAUGACAACCAAGCAGGGAAAAUUAAAUUAAUUGACUUGACGGGUCGAGGAUAUUCUGAUACUUGUGAGCGGAAGAUCAGUGCUGGAAACGAAGAAAGCUGGGAUGCAUGGGCUUACAAUAACUCUGCUAAGCUUUAUGAAUUUUAUCGGCUGAGAGCUCAAGGCUUCAGUGUCAGUAAUUCUGCUUUUCAAAACUUUGUGAACGAAGAAAUCAAGCGGAAUUGGGAUAAAAAGACCGCCCAGACAUUCUAUUGUGAGGUUAUGCUCGGAGGAAUUAUAAGUUGGGCUGGCGAACGAUUAACUACUGCUUGCCAUGUUGUUUAUCCAGAUCAAUCUCAUGUACAACGAAUUACACAAGCUAAAGAAAUCAUGGAGCAUGAAAUGGGUUUUCUAUAUAAAUCACAAAUGGGGCCGGCUAUUGAUGAUAUCGAGGCCAUUUAUCUAACGAGUAAAACCUAUGUGGAGACACGUAACAAACUGCUUCACAGAAUACCAACUGGAAUCGUUCCGACUCUCAGUAACACUGAACUAAUCGAGGGUAAACCAAUGGUGAAUGAUAUCUCAGAAGUACAUCGAAGACCCAUCUUAUCCAAAGCUGAAGUAGACGAAGAGCUACCAAGAGAGUAUCCUUCUAAAACAGUAUAUAAUCUGUCCCCUGAUCCCCAUGGUGGCUUUGUUGAACAGGCUGAAGGAGCAGGAUACAACGAUCCGAUUGCUUAUGAUAGUUCAGAUGGUGAUUCGGAGAGAGAUGAAGACGAAAAAGACGUAGAUGACAGCGUCUACGCUGACUCCAACAACGACAAUGUCAGGUUCGCUGAGUAUAAAGUUCCUGCAUCAGAAGCAAUCGUCAAAGAUAAAUAUCCUCCUGCAAAGGUGAACCUUUGCGUUAGUUCUACGAUCAUAUUUGCGAUUUCAAAAACUCUCCUUGUUUGGUUAUGA